GGUAGCAGAACUCUGGGACUACUGGCUGGGGAACCGUAAAUGUUUAGGAGGUCCAUUUGGGCUGUGGUUGAUAAGCAGGCUUGUGUGACUUUGGAGAUUUUUAAGGGCCCCAACUACCAAAGCGGUCGUUUAAUUGUUAUUGUAAUAAUAUCUAAAUAUAAAACCACUGAACUGCUAAGGAAUCUAGACUACAUCUCUCUGCAUCCUUGCAUAGCCGGUGAGGCGCAGCUCGGCGAUUUCUAGCCCUGUGUAUGUUGUCAGGCUGUGCCUAUGCUGUGUGGAGUUGUUGUUGUCAGGAAGAGUGCGCCUGCGCGGUGCGUGUGCAGCCUCGGCUCCUCUCCAGUGAGCGCCGUGCGGGCUGCUCCCGGCUGCAGUGGGACCAGGUGCUGGCUAGUCACGGGGCGCCGUGCGGAAGAAAUACAGCUGCCGUUUUACCUUCAUGACCCUCGACAGCGGAGCAGUCUCUGUACUUACCGACACCCCAACAUUACCCUUGGGUUUGUCUCCUCCCAGCAACCUUACCAUGCACCUCACCCAAUUCCACGCGUCUUCCCCGUUCUAGCUCCCCGCACCCCACAUAUUCCCCAGACAAGCUCUCCUUCGUCAUGUCCCUCCAGCAGGGGAAGGCGACUUACUCGAGGUCGGGGUAAAGGCCUAGUUUGCAGUGCUCCUUCCGUCCUCCAGCUUCCCACCCCUCCCCACCUCCUCACACAUACAUACACAGUCAGACACACCGAGCUCAGCAUCAGCAAUCAUGGCAGAGGAACAGCAGCAACAACAAGCCCAGAAAAUCCAACGCACGGAGCAGCCUGCCCAGCUGCCUCCCUCUGCACCAGGGGCACUGCCAGCCUUGGUGACUGGACUGCAAGGGACAGAGGCCAACGCACUGCAACAGAAGAUCAAGAACUCCAUCUGCAAGAAGUUGAGAAGUUUACAGACCUUGAGAAACUCUACCUCUACCUCAAACUGCCUUCUGGUCCUAGCAAUGUGGAGAAAAGUGAUCAGAACUCUUUGUCAUCAAGUCGGGCUCAGCAAACUCAUGCAUUCUCCUGGAUUCGGAAUACUUUGGAGGAGCAUCCAGAGACUUCACUGCCAAAGCAGGAAGUUUAUGAUGAAUAUAAGAGCUAUUGUGACAAUCUUGGCUAUCAUCCACUAAGUGCUGCAGAUUUUGGAAAGAUUAUGAAAAAUGUAUUUCCAAACAUGAAGGCACGUCGCCUGGGCACAAGAGGAAAAUCAAAGUAUUGCUAUAGUGGACUUCGUAAGAAAGCUUUUGUACAUAUGCCAUCACUUCCCAAUCUUGACUUCAACAAAUCUGGUGAUGGGGUGGAUGGAAUAGAAGUUUCCACACAGUUACAAAAUGCUGAUGAAGAAGUUGUGUCUGCUGCUUGUCGCCUUGUGUGUGAGUGGGCUCAAAAGGUUCUAAGUCAGCCAUUCGAUUCUGUCUUGGAUUUAGCACGCUUUCUCGUUAAAAGUCACUAUAUCGGCACUAAGUCAAUGGCAGCUCUCACUGUAAUGGCGGGUGAUUCAGCAGGAUUGAAGGGAAUUACACAGACUUCAGCUUUUGUUCCUAUGUCUGAAAGCAAUUCUUUCCACCCACAAGUAAAGAGCUUGACUUCCCCAGUAGAUGCCAAGCAGCAGCUACAGAGGAAGAUACAAAAGAAGCAGCAAGAACAGAAGCUUCAGUCACCAUUACCAGGAGAGCUCCAAAUAAAAAAACAAGAUGGAACUGCAUCCAAUGGCAUAACCAGUAUCUGCAAUGGAAGUCCUGCAAUCCUUUCUCCUCAGCCUAUUGGCAUUGUAGUGGCAGCUGUUCAAAGCCCAAUUCCGGUACAACGAAACAGGCCUCUUGUGACUUCUCCCAGUCCUAUUGGUUCUUCUGAAGGCAAAGUACUCCCUCUAAACGUGCAAGUGGUCACUCAGCACAUGCAGUCUGUAAAGCAGUCGCCAAAGACUCCCCAGAAUAUCCCAGCAAGUCCUGUUGGUGAUCGUUCUGCACGACAUCGCUACCCUCAGAUCCUUCCUAAACCAGCCAGUUCUAAUGCUUUGACGAUCCGUUCUCCUACCACUGUGGUUUUUACCAGUAGUCCAAUCAAGACGGUUGUUCCUACUCCACAUGUUAGUUCUCUGAAUGUGGUUAAAAUGACAACAAUCUCUCUUGCUCCAAGCAGUACUGGUACCCCAGUGAAACCAACUCCCAGUAGUAGUACAGGGGCAACUGAUGAGACUAGGACUGUUCCUCAGAUUAAGAAUGGUUCUGUGGUUUCUUUGCAAUCUCCUGUACCUAGAGGAGGAACACCUGCAUCUUCUUCAGUGGAAGUGAAAACAGAACCUGAAAUUGUUUCAGAGGAUACGGCAGUGCAGUGCCAAGAGACUCCUGAUAGUUCUAAAGCUCAAAAGAGAACUGUAAUAGGUUUGACGCAAAAGGGUAAUCAAGAGAGUGUGACGUUAAAGCUAUCCCAAGAUGCUGCCCGGGAUCAAGCUGUUAAAGGUGUUGAUCAUAGAGCUGAAGGAACAAGGACCAAAUGUAAAAGCCGUUCUGUUGAAGGUACAACUAUUUCUUCAGCAGGCAGUAACCAGAGUACUCUAACUCUUUCUGUUGCACCUCAAACUUUAUUUAACAAUCGCUCUAGUCAAAACACUAAUGGAGAUCAAGGAGUGAAAGAUGUCAGAGUGUGUAACAAAAGCCCACGGAAGCGAUUACCCACUACAGGGCAGGAGUCGCCAAUACCACCAGCUAAAAAAUCACUUCUGGGUCAAAUAACUUCAGAUUGCCCUGUACCAGAAGGUAUUACCGGUAAGAAGAUUCCUAGAACACUGUUAGCAAAAAAUGAUGAUGCUGUUACUCUUGCUUUGGUACCGAGCAAAGAAACAGAAGGAGAUAAUACCACUUUAGCAGUAAAUUACCCUUUGAGUUGUGUUGCUGAAACAUCCAGUGAUACACCCCAAGAGAUUGUGGCCUCAUCUCAGGAUGUUAAAGUAAAACUAGAAGGAAAUGUGUUUAAGUUUGUGAAUGAAUCGAAGUCGGAUAAUACUUUUAGUCAAGAUGCCUGGCAACACAUAGCCGAAGAUGCAGACUUCUCGUCUUCUAACUGUGAGCAGACGCAAACUAUUGGUGUAUUGGAUAUUUCUGAAACUUCUGGUGCUGAUAACCUGCAGAAACCAGUAUGGGAAGAUUUUGAAGGAAUACAGCAAGGCAUAUACAGCCAGCAACUUGAAGAUUCGUCUUUGAAUCAGCUACAAGCACAUUCUUCAAACCAGUUACCUCAGCAUUCUGAUAUGACUGACCCUAGCUUCUUUUCUUUUGAUGAUGACCUCACGCAGGACAGCAUUGUAGAGGAACUGGUGCUCAUGGAAGAACAAAUGUCAAUGAACAAUAAUCCUCAGAACUAUGGUAACUUGGGUAUGGUGCUGCAAAACCAAUCAACAGCUAGCCAUGGGACACCAGUACCAACUCAUCCAGGCAGUGCACACUUUUACCAUUCAGUCCACAGUAGUGGAACUCCUGUUCACACUCCCACUCCAACGCCAACUCCCACUCCAACUUUAACUCCAACUCCAACAUCUGAAAUGAUUUCUGGCACUCAUAGCCUAUCCAGAGAAAGCCCAUGCUCUCGCUUAGCUCAAACAACACCUGUAGAUAGUGCUUUAGGAAGCAGUCGACAUACACCAGUUGGAACGCCUCAUUCUAACUGUAGCAGCAGUGUUCCCCCAAGUCCAGUUGAAUGCAGAAAUCCAUUUGCAUUUACGCCUAUAAGUGCGAGCAUCUCAUAUCAUGAUGCUACCAUUGUGUCAAGUAGUCCAGUAAAACCAAUGCAGAGGCCUAUGGCAACCCAUCCAGACAAAACUAAAUUAGAAUGGAUGAAUAAUGGGUAUGGCAGUGUCGUAAAUCCUUCUGUUUCCAGCCAUGGUAUUCUUCCAAGCUAUAAAGAGCUGGACAGUUUCAGAAAGCCACAUGCCUUUGCAGUGCCUGGUCAGUCAUAUCAAUCUCAGUCUAGACAUCAUGACAAUCAUUUAGGCAGGUUGACCCCUGUGUCACCCGUGCAGCAUCAGUUGUCCAUUAUAAAUAAUGCCAGCAAGCAAGAGGGAUUUGCAGUACCAGCACCUUUAGACAACAAAUCUACAAAUUCUUCUGGAAAUAGCAAUUUCAGGUGCCGUAGUGUAAGCCCAGCUGUACAUCGUCAACGUAACCUAAGUGGAAACACAAAUUGCCCUGUUUCUAAUGUACCGCAGUCUAAUGUGACAGCUUUUGGAACUCUAGUAGUCCCAGAGAUUCACAGCAUACUUAGCAACAUCCAACCAGAUAACAGUGCCAACAGUAUAGCUCAACGAAGUCAGUCAGUCCCUCUGACAGUAAUGAUGCAAACAGCUUUUCCAUCUCUACAAAAACAAAAUAACACGCAGAACAUCACACAUGUUUUAUUAAGUAAACUGGAUUCUGACAGAGAUGACGCAGUCAGAGGGUUGGGAAUAAAUAACAUGCCUUCUAAUUAUACUGCAAGAAUGAAUCUCACUCAGAUUUUAGAAACAUCUCCCAUGUUUUCUGGUGCCAAUCAGCAAAGUAUAUUAAAUUCCAGCAAUCCAGCUUAUGAAUUCCAAACCCCAUCUUACCUCACAAAAAACAAUAGUUCUGAGCAAAUCAGUUUUACAUCUGGAGAAAACCAAGCACAAACUGAUAUUGGAGAGCAGCAACUUGAUUUCAGUAGCACUGUUAAGGAUCUCUUAGAUGGAGAUAGCCUCCAAACCAACCAGCAGCUUGUGGUUCAAGUGGCCUCUGAGUUGAACAAUGCCUCCGACUUCUCCAGCGACAUUCGAUUGUCUUCUGAGCUCUCAGGCAGCAUCAAUGAUCUCAAUACUUUAGAUCCAAAUCUGUUGUUUGAUCCAGGCCGACAGCCUGGGCAGGACGAGGAUGCUACACUGGAGGAAAUUAACAAUGACCCUUUGUUUCAGCAUAUUUGCAAUGAAUCCAUAAAUUCCAUGACCUCUUCUGGAUUUGAAUGGAUGGAAAGCAAGGACCAUCCUACAGUUGAAAUGUUGGGUUAAUUUUGUACUAUAAUGUAGCACACUGUAUCAAAAAGGCAGACGUUGUAUUUGUCUUAAUGGAAGUGCCUCCCGCAGCAGAAACAUUUGUAAUUAUGAGAUUUUGAUAAGGUUUGCUGCACAAAUUGAUCGUUCAGCUGUUUUCAACAAGCUUAAAAAAUCUUGGGCAAUUGAUGAGCCAGUAUUAACUCCCAUUUCUGUUUUUGCCCACUUGGUAUAAUUUCCUUCAGCUGACAGUCAUUUAAAGCCAGUUACACUAAUGAGCAUGUUUUAGUCUAAUGUUUGCUAGCUCCAGACCAUGCUCCUCCCUUAUAGGAACUGCUGUUUUCCUUGAAGUGGAAAGAACAAACAAAUGCCCUCUGGGUUUGAGUAUAAUGACUGGGAUACCAUUGUGAAUACUUUUAUCACUCGUGGCACGUGUAAAUUAUUAUCAAAAGAAAGGAAAACCUGUUCUUGUUAUAGAAACAUAAUGAUGAGCAGUGCCCAGUAGCUGUGUGUGUUUUUUUUUUUAUGCACUAUGAUGUAAUAAGAAACUUUUUAAACGUCCGUGACCUCACAUGAUAUUUAGAAGUUUUAUUUUAUGUUAUUUUGUUUUAAAUCUGGUUUUUCACAUAAGCAGGUAUGUGAAAUAAUUUUCCAGUGAGCUGACAAUGGUUUGGUGAGUCCUAAGACAACAAAUAGGUUUCUGUGGAACCGCCGCCAUAUUUUGGAGGUUGCUACCCAGAAGUCUCUUCACUAGCAAUGUAACAGCAGCUGAUAUUAAGCACUGAUAUUUCUAAUAUUUGUACAUAUUAGAAAAUGUGUCUUUGUUGCAUGUAUUUUUUUUUUUCUUUUAGCAAGACAGAGAAGAGAAAUUGGACUUUUAAGAUUACCUUUACAACUCAUACUCCAUGUUUUAGGAUGCUUGCAUGCAUAACAGUGGCUGCCCUCUUUUUAAUGAUCAAGAAGUAAGAAAGUUAUUGCGGGAUAGCGGAUAUAGGAAGAAUUGUUGUUGUUGAAGUGUUGCAUUAGUCACUUUUUAUCAAUAUGUAUGUAGUGGCCAAGAAGGCUGUUGAGUAGGGAUAUGGACCGUAUACUCCUCAAGAUUUUAUAAUCAAACAUGCCAUUCAGAAUUAUGAAGCUGUCACUGAAGGUUUUUUUUAAAAGAAAAAAUGCAUGUUAAACAAUUUUAGCUGUGUGUGCAAGCUUCAGAUACUCUCAAACCUCCUUGUUCGAUAUUCUGCAGCGCUUCAUGAAAUUAUUUGCAGCCCAUCAUUAAAGCAGUGUAAAAAAAAACGACAGAAUGGAAUUCCCACAAAUGUAAAAUUUUUAACCUUGACUAUAAUCCAAUGGCUUAGUUGUGUAGAGUAAUCAUUUUGAUUGUGUUUUAUCUCAGACAGAUAUUGUUGUUAAAAUGCAAAUACAUAAAGUCAUCAUCAUUUUCAACCAACGGUGCUAAGGUCAACUCCAGAGCUUUGUAAACUUGUAUGUGAUAGUUUCCUUGGCCAUUCUAUGUGUUUGCUGGUAUUUUUAAAUAUUUUUUAAGACCUGCUCUUAGUACUUGUUACUACUGUACAUUGAGAUGGAGCACUAUUGCGUACCAAAGUAUUUAAAAAAAAAAAAAAAAAAAAAAAAAAUAGUAGAAACCCAAAGGAUAAAUUUGAUUUAUUUUAAUUGUGACCUUGGCAGGCAAAAAGUGCGUUUGUCUGUUGGGGGAAAUACAGUGGUGAGCACGUUAGUACCAUAGCAGAAAAUUCAUUCUUUAUCCUAGUUAAAAAAAAAAGGACUAUAUGUAGAGG